UCGUCCACUCCGGAGCAUGCGAUUACCCCUCCUUUUCUCGAUUUUGUCUUCAGCUUCACCUUUCGUAGCUGCUGGCGAGCCCCCCUGCGAAAAUACGAACUCAACGUUGAACGACUCGCUGUGUUGAUUGAGGGUGUCUGCCUCUAGCGCGCAAUAGAUCCAUCAUGCUGGACAUUGCAAUUGUUGGCGCCGGAAUCGCGGGGCUUACGGCAGCAAUCGCGCUCCGGCGAGCAGGCCACUCGGUGACAAUAUACGAAAGAUCGUCCUUGAACAACGAGAUCGGUGCCGCGAUCAACGUGCAGACGAAUGCUUCGCGUCCGCUGGUGGCGCUGGGUAUGGAUCCGGUCAGGGCGAGGUUCGUGAUGGCCACGGACAGCCGACUCAUGCGGGGGGAUACCUUGGAGGUGACCCACGAACUCAACCUAGGGGCCAUUGCAAAUAGUUACGGCUCGCCGUGGUACUUUGCACACAGGGUCGAUUUGCAUGAGGAACUGAAGCGAAUGGUGACUGCGGCUGAUGGCGGCCCGCCUGUAACUUUCAAGUUGCGGAGUGAGGUGACCAGUUAUGAUCCAGAAGCUGCCAGCUUUACUCUUCGAGGUGGGACAGUCGUUUUUGCGGACCUCGUAGUAGUGGCGGAUGGCAUUCACAGUGGCGGCGUCGAGGCAAUUCUGGGGUCACCCAAUCCCGCGUUCCCAGCGGCACAAGACAACUUUUGCUACCGGUUCUUGAUCCCCAUGGAUAACGUGCUUUCGGAACCCAUCACCUCCAACCUAUAUAAAGACGCAGCUGGAGGCUUCAGAAUAUUCCUCGGGGACGGCAAGAGAAUCGUCACCUAUCCAUGCAGAGACAAUGAGGUGCUCAAUUGCAUUGCUAUUUUCCAUAACGAAGUUGAUUCUUCUAGCAAAGAAGACUGGCACAACUCUGUUGACAGAUCCCACUUACUGAAGCUUUUUGAUUACUUUCACCCCAGUGUGUUGGCUCUUCUUCGCAAGGCAAACGAAGUGAAGCAAUGGCCUCUACUAUAUAGAGCCCCUAUACCCAAAUGGAGGAAAGGUCGAAUGAUUCUCAUUGGGGAUGCAGCACAUCCCAUGCUUCCACACCAGGGGCAAGGAGGUGCGCAAGGCAUCGAGGACGGCGUUGCCCUCGGCGUGUGUCUAUACAACACAACCGCAAAAGACGAUGUGAUAGAGAGACUGGAAGUAUUCGAAAAGAUUCGCAGAAAUAGGGCCAGUGUGGUCACCAUCUUCAGCAACGCAGGACAAGACGAGGCGCAGAAGAUCAAGGAGGCUGCGUCGCAGUUCAUACCUGUCGAGCGUAUUCCUACAAAUCCACGUGGAUUCUAUGAUUUUCAUUUCAGUUACGACAUCAUGGAAGACGCGGCCGAACACAUGCGGAAGCUCGAUCCCAACUUUAGGCUUCCCGAUUCGUUCCUGCGGAACGAGCCAGGAAAUCGAGCGUUCUUGUGAGCGAGGAGGAAGUAAGCGAUGGAAUCCAUGAGAGGUUUCAGUCGUGAAUGAUCGUGGCCUGCUGUGUAAGAUUGAAGCUAUUAAUGCUCUCGUUUAUGGGGUACUUCCUUCCACUUGGUCAACGCACGCUAGUCAAGGUACCUGAGGAUGUUGGAUACUGAAGGAAGGCAGGACGGUACUACUUGAUUAAUCUCAGAGAAGAACCAGCGUCAUUUGGGUUAUGACAAAGCAGGAGAAGUUUGCAUCGCUCAUGCCAAUCCUGAAAGUCG